AUGAGUACUAAGUAUCCAGAGAUGAACUGGGAGGUACCAGACCUACCCGAAGAAUUCAAGCUAUUCAAGCAGAGAAUGGAGCUUGUGUUGGCAGAUCAAGAAAUAACUGAAAACAAAAAAAAGGCUAUAAAAAUCAAAAUCGCUGUAGGCAACGAAGGUUUGCGCAGAAUCAAUGCGUCUGGGCUAUCAGAGGCCGACCAAGAAAAACCACAAGAGCUGUGGAAAUUAUUUGAGAAACAAAUAAAGGUAAACAUUAAUUUUCGGGUCCAUCGUCUCGAGCUGAUGCGAUAUCGGCAGAGACAAGAUGAGAGCAUUGACGCAUUCGUUACUCGAUGUAGAGACAAAGCCAACACAUGCGAUUUUGAGGACUCCGAGCUUGCCGAGCGGAUAAUGGAGGUAGUCAUCACCUCAACACCAAGUCUAGAAUUCCAGAAAUUCCUAUUGGACCAGCCUAAAGGAUAUCUAAUCGAAGCAAUUCUUGUAGAGGGUCGAAAAUACGAGGCAGUUGCGGCGAGCAGAAAAUGCCUAGAAACGCUUGAGCCGGCUAAAGAAAGCAUAGAUUCAUUCAAGCGGAACCAGGGACGAAAGACGUGUGGAAACUGUGGACGUAUCCACAAACCUCGUCAGUGCCCUGCGUACAACGAUGUGUGUCGUGCCUGUGACACAAAGGGCCAUUGGGCCAAGUUCUGUAGAAAGGCUAAGAACGAUCGUAGUCGAAAACCAGAUCGUAGAUCAGAUGACCAUAAAUCUGAUGACCGUAAACCGAAACACGGUAACCAAUCACGAUCAAAAUCAAAGGGUCGAAAGUAUAAACCGAUUAGUGAAAUGGAUACUGAACAUGAUACUAGCACAGAUCAUGAACAUCAACAAUCAGCAGGUCCAUCAAACUUCGAACAUUUUGACACCAUACACACGAUCGGAACACACACAGUGAUCAACUCAAAGGGUACAGUAGCUUUUGCAAACAUUGACAUCAUAUGCCCACAGAAAUCAGGUCAGCAUUACCUAUAUCUGAAGAUAGACUCUGGGGCAAGCGCUAAUACUAUCACAGUACGCACAGCCAAACAAAUAUAUGGUGACAAGUGGAGGCAAGUAGUGAAACGUACACCAGUAAAGCUAGUAGCAUAUGGCGAAAUAUCAAUACCAUGCGUUGGUACACUAGACAUAAAGUGUAGAUACAAGAGUCCAGAAUGGUAUACACAUACAUUCUACGUAGCAGACGUGAAUGGACCAGCUAUCUUAGGGUUGUUAGGUUGCACAGAUCUCGGGAUUAUCACAAUCCACACAAUGCACAAGGACACACCUACACAUACACCUAUCACAAGUGUUAGUGACCUCAAACAAACAUACCCAGAUCAGUUUGAUGCCAUAGGAAGCUUUAGCGGGAAAGCAAUGCUGCAUCUGAAAGAUGAUGCAGAGCCAACCAUAGAUGCACCUAGAAAGUGCAGUGUCCAUCUGAAGGACAAGAUCAAAGCCGAACUAGAUAACAUGGAGAAGCAAGGAGUCAUCAGAAAGAUAGAGAACCACACAGAUUGGUGUAGCUCGAUGACCACCGUUGUGAAGAAAGAUGGAUCCAUACGGAUAUGUCUUGACCCCAGAAGGUUGAACGAUGCCUUGAAAAGGUGUCCACACAAAAUUCCAACCUUGGAAGAAAUCCAACCAAUCUUCGCAGGAGCUCAAUUCUUCUCCAAGCUAGACGCAAAGGCUGGAUACUGGUCAGUACACCUAGCAGAGGAAUGCCAAGACCUGACCACCUUCAGAACACCAUUUGGAAGAUAUUGUUUCCAAAGAUUACCCUUCGGCUUAUGCACAAGCCAAGACAUCUUCCAGCAACACAUGGAUAGGAUCGUCCAGAAUGUGCCUGGCUGCGUAUGCAUCGCAGACGACAUUGCCAUUGUCGGGAAAACAGAGGAGGAACACGACAAGAAUCUCCACUUACUCAUGGAGACAGCGAAACAGGAAGGACUCGUGUUCAACAGCUCCAAGUGUACUAUCAAGAAGGAAGCUAUCAGCUACUUUGGAUCCAUGUACACAAGAUCUGGAAUCUUCCCAGAUCCAAGCAAGGUUGAAGCUAUCAACACAAUGCCUUCACCCAAGGACAAGGAAGAUGUUCAGAGAUGCCUAGGAUUAUUCACAUACCUAGCACCAUACAUUCCUAAUCUAUCAGAGAAGUCAGCACCACUUCGUGAACUCCUUCACAAGGAAAUUCCAUUUGUCUGGGACGAGGAUCACGAACAUGCCUUAAACAGCCUGAAAAGCGCAGUCUCAUCGGGAGCAUGCCUGCAGUUCUUUGACCCAAAGAAAGAGACAACCGUUGAGGUAGAUGCAUCAAUGAAAGGGCUGGGAGCAUGCCUGCUCCAAGAUGGCAAACCCGUAGCUUUUGCAUCCAAAAGUCUCUCCAAUUCACAGUCCAACUACUCGAACAUAGAGAGGGAAAGCUUAGCCCUAGUGUUUGGUAUCGUCCGAUUCCAUACAUACCUAUUCGGGAAGGAAUUCACUGUGAUAACAGAUCACAGGCCUUUGGAGACAAUUUGGAAGAAACCUCUAAGAAGCGCACCACCUCGUCUACAGAGACUAUUGAUCAAGGUACAAGGAUACAGAUGCCAAGUCAAGUACCGACCUGGGAAAGAAAUGAUUCUUUCAGAUACCUUGAGCCGUCUUCCUAACCCCAAGGAAGCACGCGAUGUUCCACUAGACAUCAGAGUGGAAUCAAUCUGCUCCGAAGUAGAAGACACUCAUCAAAUCGACUUGAUCUUCUUCGGACAACACAAGAGAACAGAACUCCAGAGGGAAACAUCCAAUGACCCUGUUCUUAGGUCAUUGUGGCAGACAGUCACUCAGGGUUGGCCUGAAACUCUUCAGGAGCUGCCGACAUCCCUCAGGGAAUUCUGGUCUUACAGAGAUGAGAUUGGAGUAUCUCAAGGAGUACUCUUCAAAGGAAGCAGAGUCAUCAUACCGAAGACACUUCGAGAAGAUAUCCUCAGACAACUUCAUCUUGGACACAUGGGAAUCGAGAGCACGAGACGACUAGCUCGUGAGACAGUGUUCUGGCCACACAUCAACAAGGACAUUGAACAGCUCGUAAAGCAAUGUGCUGCAUGCCAGGAACACCAGGCAAGGCAACAGAAAGAGCCGUUGCUUCCCCAUGAUGUACCUUCAGCACCUUGGACUAGACUAGGAACAGAUUUGUUCAUGCUAGACAGACAAGACUAUUUACUCGUCACUGACUAUUACUCCAAGUAUCCGAUAGUCUACAAGCUGACUGACACAUCAAGUGCUGCAGUAGCCAACGUGAUGAGUGGAAUCUUCAGUCUAUUUGGUCCACCAGAGGAGAUCGUAUCCGACAACGGUCCACAAUUUGUCGGGAAGCACUUCAAGGACAUGUGCCGGAAGUGGUCGAUCACCCAUACAACCUCUUCACCUCACUAUCCAAGAUCCAACGGACUAGCUGAGAGAAUGGUUCGUACCGUCAAGAAUCUGUUGAAAAAGUGUUCACAGACUGGCCAAGACAGUCAACUGGCUAUGUCACACCUAAGAGCAACACCCGUUGACAGUCACAUGAGAUCACCUGCAGAGAUGUUGUUUGGAAGACCCAUCAGAACAACACUGCCAAGUCAUCAUCUUUCAAGAGAAUCUACCACCACUGAUCAUCUCUUGAAUCGACAGAGUAAGAUGAAAGAAACGCACGAUCGACAUGCGGGUCCAGAUCUUCCACCACUCCACGUAGGACAACCAGUCAGAGUCCUACAUCCCAAAGAUCAUACUUGGAUACCAGCCAAAGUAUCCAAAGUCUGCGACGAGCCUAGGUCGUAUGAAGUAUCAACACCUAACGGAGGAAUCCUGAGACGAAACCGAUCUCACCUGAGGGAGAUUCCAUCGUCAACCAACCCUACUCCAAAGCGUGUUAGGUUCGACGAAGAUUACACUUCAUCUACUCAAGCAGAAACACCACAACAGAAUGGCAACAACCAUCAGCCAACACCAGAAACUCAGAACAUUCAAUCUAAAGGACCAACAUCAAACUCGCAAACCACAACAAGAUAUGGACGCAACAUCCGUACACCAGCGAGAUACAUGUUUGAAGAUUGA